AUGAUCGAGCUCGGCCUCUCCUGCAUAACGCGCCUCCUGCAACAUACUCCCCAGUCAUGGAAGGCCAUCCACGUCGCCGGCACCAACGGCAAAGGCUCAACCUGCGCCUAUCUCUCCGCCAUGCUGCACGCCAGCGGCCGCUCCUGCGCACGCUUCAACUCGCCACACUUCAUCGACCGAUGGGACUGCAUCACCAUCAACGAGGAGCCCGUGUCUGAGAGGCUGUUCCUCGACACCGAGCGGCUGGUCAAGGAGAGGGACCGCAGGGACAGCAUCGGCGCGAGCGAGUUCGAGCUGCUGACCGCCACCGCCUUCGAGAUCAUGGAGCGCGAGAAGGUCGAGUUCGGCGUCAUCGAGGUCGGCAUGGGCGGCUCGUUGGAUGCCACCAACGCCCUGAAGCACAAGGUUGUCACCGUCGUCGCCAAGAUAGGCCUGGACCACCAGUUCCUGCUGGGAGACACCAUCCAGGAGAUCGCCCGCACAAAAGCCGGCAUCAUGCGGGAGAACGUCCCUUGCAUCGUCGACCAGAGCAACGAGCCCUCUGUUCUGCAGGUCAUCGAGGACCACGCCAAGGCCGUCGGGGCCGAGACCGUCUUCCCGUCCGAGAUGUCGAGUCUGAAAACCUCACUCUCCCAGGCAGGCUUUGAGCCUCACCAGAUCCAGAACAUCGCCAGCGCUUUGGAGGCUUUCCGACGCGCAUGUCCCGACGAGGACGUGAGCCUCGAGCGGUGGAUGUCUACCAUCAAACAGACCCGACUGCCAGGGAGGCUCCAGAGGGCUACGAUACCGCCUCACGAGAGGGAAAUCCUGCUGGAUGGCGCACACAACGUCCAGUCCGCCGAGGUCCUAGCCGCCUACGUCAACAAACAGCUACGGCCAGGUGGACGGCCGAUCACAUGGGUGCUUGCUGCCUCUCAAGGAAAGGAUGUGAGUGGGAUUCUAGAGGUCGUAAUUCAACCAGACGACCUGGCCACAGCCGUCCGCUUCGGACCCGUGGACGGUAUGCCUUGGGUCAGGCCCCAAGAGCCGAAGGCAAUCCUGGAUGCUGCGAGUCAAUGCGGUGCCGUCACCUUCGAAACCCAUGAUGAUACUGCGAACAUCAGCAAGACCCUGGACUUGGCACUGGACAAGGGUGGCCCGGUGGUAGUGGCUGGAAGUCUAUACCUGGUCUCUGAUGUAUUGCGAUGGCUACGGGAUCAAAAAUGA